UUCAUUUCUUCUUCUUCUUCCUCAAACCAUUUUAUGUAUACAUACAGUUCCAUAUUGAUAUUGAUAAUUGUAAUAAUAUAAAACUAAAACAGUGCAUUUGGUUUUGGACGAUGGCUACGCUUCCACGUGUCCCCUUAGUGAUAUCAAUAAGGAGUAGUAAAUGCAGAUUGGUGGCAGAAUCUUCUACCCACUUCUCUUAUCUCACUCUCUCUUCUUCUUCUUCUUCUCACUCAAGAAACCGCAAAUCUCUCUCCCUUUCAGCUGCAAUGGCUGAUUCUUCUUCUUCUUCUUCUACCGUCCUUGUUACUGGAGCUGGUGGCAGAACUGGGCAAAUUGUUUACAAGAAGUUGAAGGAGUCAAGCUUGUAUGUGGCUAGAGGUCUAGUUAGAACACAAGAGAGCAAGGAAAGCAUUGGAGGAGCAGACGAUCUUUAUGUCGGCGAUGUAAGAGACGAAUCCAGCAUUGUUCCUGCAGUCCAAGGAAUUGAUGCUCUUAUAAUUCUAACUAGUGCUGUGCCAAAGAUGAAAGCCGGGUUUGAUCCAACUAAAGGUGGAAGGCCUGAGUUCUUUUUCGAUGAGGGUGCUUAUCCCGAACAGGUUGAUUGGAUUGGGCAGAAGAAUCAGAUAGAUGCUGCCAAGGCUGCUGGAGUAAAGCAAAUUGUGUUAGUUGGGUCUAUGGGUGGAACAGACCUUAAUCAUCCCUUGAACAAAUUAGGCAAUGGAAAUAUAUUGAUUUGGAAGAGGAAAGCCGAGCAGUAUUUGGCUGACUCCGGUGUUCCCUACACAAUUAUUAGGGCGGGUGGCUUGUUAGACAAAGAAGGUGGUGUGAGGGAACUGCUCGUGGGAAAAGAUGACGAGCUUCUGAAGACAGAAACCAAAUCUGUCCCUAGGGCCGAUGUUGCAGAAGUCUGCAUUCAGGCUCUGCAGUUUGAGGAGUCGAAAAAUAAGGCAUUUGAUCUGGCAUCAAAGGCUGAGGGAGUUGGGACACCAACUAAGGAUUUCAAAGCCUUCUUUUCUCAGAUCACUACUCAAUUUUAAUCUUCAUUAAGCCAGUAAGUGAUGGUUUCUGGUGAAGUACUACACCAUUAUCAUUAUCAUUAUCAGCCAUAGUACAAUUUUUAUCAAGUUAUUGAUUGAGUGAACUGAUUUUAGAGAAAGAGUAAGACCCGGGUUUUAUGUGCAUUUGACUAGCAUGAGUAUUGAGUAGGCUGUAUUAUGAGAUAUGAAUGUUGAACAGUAGAAUGGUCAAUCAAUCUUUUUUUGUUUUAUAUA